AUGGCGGCAAGAAAGCUGAUUUCCCUCCCCCUACUGAUUCUCCUAUGUCUUCUCUCGUCCCCAUGCUCGGCCAGGAACACCCUUCGUAGCGGACAGACCCUCACCCAACGCCAAUCCUUGAACUAUAACAACUAUGUUUUCACUAUGCAGAGCGACUGCAACCUGGUAUUGUACGAUGGUGGUGCCGUGUGGGCUUCCGGUACAAACGGCAGGGGAACGAACUGCCGUGCCACAAUGCAGAGCGAUGGGAACUUCGUUAUAUACACCGGCAGCCGUGCAGUGUGGGCGACAAACACCAAUGGUGGCAUCGCAGACUACGUCCUUAUCCUCCAACCUGAUCGCAAUGUUGUCAUCUACGAGGGAGCACGCGCGAUCUGGGCAACAGGCACCAACGUCUUUGGUGCCGGGGUGACCAUAGCGCCCCGCAAGAAUGUGACUUCCACUCUGCCAGCUCCGGCGGUCAAAAACCCUUGA